AUGUCGACCAUUCAAGAUCCAUUGGACGGUAUCUCGGGUGAGCUUGCGAACCACAGGGACAGCCUCAAGGCGACUCUCUUCAUCUUUAGCGCCAUCUCCUUCUACAACGUCGUUGAGCUCGUCGUGCUCGUGCUAUCGACGUUCCGGCGUUGGAGAGGCCUCUAUUUCUGGAGCUUGCUUCUCUCCGGAUGUCUCGGGGUUGUCCCAUACUCGCUAGGAUUCAUGCUCAAGUUCUUUACCUCGGCAAAUUCCACCUUGUCGGUCACGAUGCUCAGCGUGGGCUGGUGGACAAUGGUGACCGGGCAGUCAUUUGUGCUCUACUCGCGCCUGCACCUUGUUCUUCGCGAUGAGCGUAUCCUGCGACGGGUGCUGGUGAUGAUAAUCGCCAACAUCUUCUUCCUGCAUAUCCCUACCACGGUCCUGACGUACGGAUCCAAUGUUGUCCAUCGAUCGCCUGUAUUCGUGCACGGAUACAAUAUCAUGGAGAAGCUGCAGAUGACCGGCUUCACGAUACAGGAGGUGAUCAUCUCGGGUCUCUAUGUAUGGGAGACGGUCAAGCUGCUCCGGCUGGGAUCGGACAAAGAUAAGCAGAGGAUCAUGCACCAGCUCGUGGGCAUCAAUAUAUUGAUUGUCUUGAUGGAUUUGGCCCUGUUGGGCCUCGAGUACGCCAGCUACUACGCUGUCCAGAUUACACUGAAAGGCGCGAUAUAUAGCUUAAAGCUGAAGUUGGAGUUUGCCGUCCUUGGCAGGCUCGUUGAUGUGAUACACGGACAUAGACGUCCCAUGAUGGGCAGAGAUGCCGUCCACCUCUGUUCGCUGGAAUUCAAUGCCGGCCCGAACAAUGGGGCUGUUCAGCCAGGUGUGAACGGGGAUGUCAACGUAUGUGAGAUUUCGGCGAUCAACAACGUCGAGGCCGAGAUGAAGAGGGCAAGCACUGGGAGUCUCAAGGGGCAAAUCCCAGAUGGCAAGAUCCUGGCAAUGACUGAAUUUUCAACAUGGGUUGAGCAGCGGUCCCAUGAAGAUGGUAACCGAAGGAUGGCUUGA